CCUGCUGAAUGAACCCCGUCAGCGUUGGGGAGUACCAUGGGCUACGGGUGGGAUCAGCCUUGCUCAGCAUUGUGGCGGGCUGCAUCAUCAUCGGGAUAUCCAGGCAGUGUGACGCCGAUGCUGUAGGAGGGAUCUUCCUGGGAGCGGGAGGCCUCGGCCUGCUCAUAUCGAUCUACCCCUUCAUAAGAGCCUGGCUGAACAUCAACCAUAUUCUUCCAUCCUUCGGGAACUUCAGAGUGCACCCCACACCUGCCAAUCCUGCUCCUAUUCAACCUGUAGAGACACUAAGAAGAGAAGGGACUCAGAGUCAGCUAAAUCUGGAGCGUUCUAAGAGUCGAAUGGGAACCUUUGUGGAGGGCGGACCGAUGGCUGAGACCAACCCAGAUGAGGGGACAUCUUCAGACAUGCCAGACAUCUUAUCGAGACGGAAACUUAAGCAGCCGUCUUCUGAUCAAGACCUGCCAUGAUGUCAUCACAUGACCUGACGGACCAAUUUUAUUCAACUUCCCUGCUAAAUCUUCGUCAUUAAGUGGCUUUCAAAGGUGGGGCAAAAGAUAAUGGUCUUCUGUCGAAUUGUGGCUCAAACUGAACGUUUGUUGAGAUGACCUCAUGACAUUGUACUUGUGUGGCCUAAUAAACACCUCCAAAGAUUAACUCGCGAGUGCAAGAGAAGUAUUUCCAAACUUCCUGCUAAUGAG